GGAGGAAGGACUUGGAAGAGCAGCUCAGGAAUUGACUCCAAACUCCAGGCGGCCCCCCCUCCUCCUCUUCCUCCUCCUGGCCCCACACCCUCAGGACCAACAAGCCCUCUGGUGUCGGCAUGGAGGGUGGUGUGGAUGGCCCCAUCGGGAUUCCUUUUCCCGACCACAGCAGCGACAUCUUGAGCAGCCUGAACGAGCAGAGGAACCACGGCCUGCUCUGUGAUGUGAUGAUUGUGGUGGAUGGGCAGGAGUUCCCCACUCACCGCUCCGUCUUGGCGGCCUGCAGCAAGUACUUCAAGAAGCUCUUCACCUCAGGGCUAGUGGUAGACCAGCAGAACGUGUACGAGAUAGACUUUGUGAGCGUGGACGCCAUGUCUGCGCUGCUGGAGUUUGCCUACACCGCCACCCUUACCGUCAGCACUUCGAACGUCAGCGAGAUCCUCAACGCCGCCAAGCUGCUAGAGAUCCAGGCGGUAAGGGAGGUUUGCACAGAUCUCCUGGACAGGAAGAUUCUGGCCAAAAAUGACCAGAUGGAUACAGUAGAUCAAAUUGAUCAAAGGAACCAUCUCAGAGCGAAAGAGUACCUGGAAUUCUUCCAGAGCAACCCCAUCAAUGGCCAACAGGGCAGCUUUCAAUGGACCAACCAAGACCUGAGGCUCAACUUCCGUGGCCCAGAGGAGGAAGAGGAGCCAGAUUGCAAUGGCGUGGACUUCUACUCGCAGGCUGCCCUCAACGAAAGACCAAAGGCGAACGACUGUGACCCCGACAGCAACCAUGCCAUGUGGUUGGAUCAGGAGGAAGAAGAGGCCCAGGGACCUUUGUUCCCACCCUCCCAAAAUGGACAAUUUGGUGGGCGCAAACUGCCGGCAGCAGCCGGGGAGGAUGAAACGUCGGCAGCCGCUCAGCUGGACCAGGAGGUCGGGGGCUCCCCUGCCUUUGUUCCCGGGGGAGGGGAGGGGGAGGAUGCGGAGGCCAGGGAAAUGGAUGGCCUGGCCGCCAGCGCCCUCCUGCAACAGAUGAUCAAUUCCGUGGGGCGGCAGCAGCUGGCCGAUGAGGACCGCAAGGAUGACGAUGGCGUCAUGGAUUAUUACUUGAAAUAUUUUAGCACUUCCCAAGAGGGCGAGGUCUAUCCGUCCUGGUCCCAGAAGGUGGAGAAGAAGAUCCGAGCAAAAGCAUUCCAGAAGUGCCCCAUUUGUGAGAAGGUGAUCCAGGGGGCUGGCAAACUCCCACGCCACAUCCGAACCCACACAGGCGAGAAGCCCUAUGAAUGUAACAUUUGCAAAGUUCGGUUUACAAGGCAGGACAAGCUGAAGGUCCAUAUGAGGAAACAUACCGGUGAGAAGCCCUACCUGUGCCAGCAGUGUGGGGCAGCUUUUGCCCACAACUACGACCUGAAGAACCACAUGCGCGUCCACACAGGUCUGCGUCCCUACCAGUGCGACAGCUGUUUCAAGACUUUUGUCCGAUCCGACCACUUGCACCGACACCUUAAAAAAGAUGGCUGCAACGGCAUCCCUUCCAGAAGGGGGCGCAAACCCCGGGUGAGAGAAGUGGGCGGCGUGCCCACCCUGGCCGCUAACCCCGACGAUGGAAGCUUUGCGGGCGGUGAUGAGGCACAAGAAUCGCAGGACGCCACCGCGCCGCAGGACGGCCCGGGACAGCACCUUGAAGAUAGCUCUAACGUCGAAGCGGCAUCAGGAAGUUUGAAUGUAGUGGGGGGGUUGUCUGAGGGUAACACGCAAGAACUCUCCUAAACCAAAAAAAAAAAAAAACAUACCAACCCGUGUCACAAAAUCUAGUUAUACUUUUCCUCCAAUGCUCCUUGAAAGAUAUGGUUUCCUUGCCCUUCUGUGGGAAAAAAGUAGCCUUAUAGAUUGAUGAUAUAUCUCUGUUUUGUGAUCUUCCCGUAAUAACCAGUUACUCUAACCUCUUAUAGCCACGGAUUAAUUUUAAACUUUUUUUUUGCCCCUUGAAAAGAGAUUGGGGGGAGGGGGUCAGAUGUGUAUUAAAGUAUGACAUGAAGCUUCCAGAGUUUAGUUUGUUAAAAUAACACACACGUGUGUGUAUAUAUAUAUAUAUAUAUAUAAUAUAUUAUAUUGGAGAUUUUAUCUAUUUUAGCUAGUAGAAUGUUCUUGAGGACAAAAAAGCAGGGAGGACAGUGUGCUUGGAAGUCCUUGGAAAUAUUUUUUUUCUCUUGGCCAAUGCAGCGUCCUUCCCCUUCUCCGCCCCCUUCCCUGUCCUCUCCCCCACCCCCCAGCCCGAAGUGCUCAUUUCCUGAGAAUGUCCCAGGAGAAUGGACUUGCAGCCUCCUUUGAUCCAGGUGGAUUUGUUCUCUUUGAGAUUCCAAGUUGUCCCUUUAGCUGUUUGCAUGCAAAUCACUCUUCUCCUUUUUUAGGCCUUACCUGUCUUAGAAGAAGGGGAGACAAUACCUCCCAGAAUUUCAAAAUCUCGAUUACAGCUGAGCCCAGUUCAUUCAACCCCGUCAGCCAUAGGAUCUCUACGUUAACUGUAAACCAUGCUUUUGUGUCAGUAGCUUCUGUUAUGGACGCCCUGCCAUUUUUUCUGUCAUCUGUGCAUGUGAAGAGUAGGCCCAGAAGGACUCAAUAGGAGCCUGAGGUGCAGAGGCUGUAUGUUCAGUGUGUAGGGGUGGGGGGAGGGAGGAUUGCCAAUGUGUCAUGGUUUUGCUGCCAGCCUCCUGUGCUUCUUGGGUAACCUCCCUCAGCAACAGGGAGGGUUGGCCCAUGUGGUUGCGCCACGUACAGUGGGUGCACCUUUUGGGUUUCUUUCAAAAUAUGCUUGGGAGGCCCCGUUGGAGGAUAUAUUGGUUCAGUAAGGCCUGAGAGGGUGAUGGUGACCAAUUGGUGACCCAAUGAAGAAUUGGUGGAAUGCAGUGCCAACCUGUUGUUGGCAGAGCUCCAACCUUCAAACCAUUUCCUUCAAUCUUCAGCUUUUUGUAUUUAGUUUCUCAUAGCAAUGUAACACCUAAACAACCUGAGGAACUGUAGUUCUGGGACGAAACCCUGGAAACUGCCCCCCUUCCACUAUGAUUCCUGGAUUUCUUGAGAGCAGCAGCUUAAAAUUGGUUGAUAUUUGUAGGAUUAGAUGCAUCCUAUUUAGAUUUAACUUACCUGGAAACAAUACCAGUUGAAAUCAGUGCAACUUACAUCCAAUUAAACUUAGUUAAGAUUGUGCUGUGAGGGUGGAUACACACCUUAAACAGCUUAAUCUGGAGAAAGUCUGCUAAAAUCAGUGGACUUUCUUCUCACAUCCUGUCCAGCAUGCUAGUCUGAGGACUGUAGCAAUAAGCCCUGCCCCUCAGCUUCUGAAUUUUAAACUUUUUUUUUGCUGUUUUAAUAGCCUUCAUUAAAAUUGGUGCUCUUCUAGAUGCUGAGCACUUCAUGCAUUGUUUCAUAUGUUUAUGAAUUAACAGUUUGUUAUUGGAAUAAUUGGGGAUCCAUACAUUCAAGCAGUACUAAGAAAGAUGGUGUAUGAAAGUUAGGCUUAGACAAUUAGUUUCUGUUGUUUUCAAAUAUAACACUUCAUCCUAGACUUGCCAUGUGCCAGUCCAUAGUGGCAAAUCCCUCCACAUGCCUUGGCCCCAAUUGCCUGCCUUUGAGAAAUUGAGGAGCAGGAGAAAAAAUGGCCACCAUGGUAGUACUCUAGGAAUUUUGCCAUGUCUCAGUGGUGUUUAUGUAGAGAUCAGAGAAGAUUCCUAGAGUGUCACCUCAAUGUGUCAUCAUAUCCUCCCCCAUUCCACUCUCCCCAAUCACGGGCUUCGAAAUCUCCUGGGAUGUGCCAAGGCAGUGUUGGCAACCUUAUUUCAUCCCCAAACAACACAACCCACAUCCUGUUCCAUGGUUAGGCGUAGGAAGAGGUCUCACAAAGGUGCGCUGUUCGAACAUUCUCUACAAAUCCACAAAGAAGCUCCAGUCUUGACCCAGGUUUAAAGUAGUAGCCAAUAUUGUUCAGCUUUUCCAGAAUUUGGGGUGGGGGGAAGGCUAGAUAGACACUCAGAAAAGUAACGGGGGUUUCAAUCCCACACUUCCCUUCUGGGAUGAGCUAGCCUUUGUCUUGUACGGGCUGCUAUCUGCAGCCAAUAGUACCUGCUUCUGUCUAGUUAAGCAUGGGGAAAUGAAAGGUUUAAACAUAAUGCCAAGAAAAUAAAUCUUUGAGGAUGAAUGGGGGAGAGUCUAACACUUAUGAGCACCUUGGGCUGGGAGACUUGUAUUUCACCAAACUGAGCCCCUAUGUGUUAAAAUGGUUUAUUAUUUUAUUGUGGGGGGAGGUGUAUGGGCUUGCCCAAGAAAAUUACAACUGGACAUGCCAACUGGGAGGUGAUUGGGUGGCAGGGCAGAGAAGGAGGGGGCUUUGACCCCCAACAGGUCUCUGAAUCCAUAACCUUUUGGUGAAGUACAGUUCCUUAAACUUUCCCUCUUCCUUUCCCCAACCUUUUUUGGUACCAAAUAUGUAAGGUUUGGCCCUCAACUCAAAGAGGGCAGACUCUCAGCACAAAUCAGGCUUGUCCUAAAGGACCCAAUUAAAGCUAAAGGGUCUCGAGAAAGCCCCAGGGAUCUCUAUGUCACACCCCCUCCCCAGUUUUUGAGACUUUUGCACUAAGGAGUGUCGAUUUGGAUCAUGGCAAGGUUUAUGGUCCAAAGCCAGCUUUGACAGACUGAUUCCCUCCCCCCUCACCUACCUAGAAGGAGCAGGAAUUAGGUAACAAAUGCAACGGCCACAUCAGGUUUAUAAAUGGCACAGCUCCCCUCUAAGCUAAAGAACCAAGGCACCUUUUAGCCAUUUCAGAGUUUUAUAAAUGCACAGUUUAAAAAUGAUAAAAAGAGAGAGAUUUUAGUCCUUUUUUUAUUUUAAAAAGCACUUUUAAGAUUUUUUUAUUUAAUAUUAAAAAGGUGAACCGUUUGGCCGAAUGUACCUAAACAGGGAGCAUCGUGUGUGUUUGGAGAAAGUGUGAGGGGGCACAAGAAAGAGUCGGGGGUGGGUGGGAUGUUUUAUUUAAUAUAGAAAAAGCAAUAAAAACCACAAAAAAAAGAUUAGAAACAAAGAAGUCUUAGCACUUUGCAAUGGAACGGGUACUUUGAAAUCACUUUAUCUUAAUUUAAAAAAAUAUAUAAAAAAGAAAGCAGCAAAAUAUGUUUACACGUUGAAACCAUCUUCUACGGAAAGAAAUUUAUUGUUGUUUAUUGUUUUUAUUAAAAUUCCUAAAAUUGAAUUUAUUUUUGUAAGAGAAAAAAGUGUAUAUAUAUCUAUAUAUUGAGAGAGAGAGAGA